AAGUUUUUCAAAGUGACAGAUGGUGCAUGGAAUAAAAGUGAGUGCUCGAGUCAAUUGAUUUGGUGGAAAAUCCAUCCCAAAGUUAAUUUGGGAUAUUCUAAUUGUGAUAAAAGUGAAGACCUCUAGGUGCCCAAAGGGGUCAACGUAGCAGGAAGUUCCGAGGUGGCUGUGGGGCCACAGCAGCCAGCCGAUUAGGUACCAGUUGGGUCAUACCUACAGUUGGGCAUUGGGCAAGCUACAACAAUCCCAGAAGACCCUUGAAUUUUUAGCAGUUUCGCUGACUGAGAUUACUUCUAAAUUUGUAUAUAAUUUGCAUCAGCCAACAACUUAAGUGCUCUAUACUAAAAAAAAAACAAAAUGGAUGCCUAAAGCUUAAAGCCAAAAGGAACCUUUUAAUAAAAAAAAUGUGAUUAAGUGUUCGUGAUAAGUGAAAUUAUUAAUGUGAUUUCAGUGGGAUUUAAAAUGACUACGAUCUCUAAAAAUGAAAAUGACUGCAAGGGUAGGGCAGAUGGAUGAAUCUGGAGUCUAAUCUGAUGGAUGUGCUGUAGAUUAGCAAACUAAAAGAACUACCUUACGGCACAGAAAUGACAUCAACAACAGCACCUGAGGAUUUGUUGCAACCAGGCCAUGUGGUGAAGGAACGUUGGAAAGUUAUACGUAAGAUCGGUGGUGGUGGUUUCGGUGAGAUUUACGAAGGGCAGGAUCUUAUAACACGCGAACAGGUAGCCCUGAAAGUGGAGUCAGCACGACAGCCUAAGCAGGUACUCAAGAUGGAGGUGGCUGUGCUGAAGAAGCUCCAGGGCAAAGAACAUGUCUGCCGUUUUAUUGGAUGUGGCCGCAAUGAUCGCUUUAACUACGUCGUUAUGCAGCUGCAGGGGAAGAACCUAGCAGAACUCCGACGUGCGCAACCACGCGGCGCCUUCAGCUUGAGCACCACUCUACGCCUUGGACUGCAGAUUCUUCGCGCCAUUGAAUCCAUUCAUUCAGUUGGUUUCCUCCAUCGCGAUAUUAAACCAAGUAACUUCUCUAUGGGUAGACUGCCCUACAAUUGUCGACGUGUAUAUAUGCUCGACUUUGGUCUUGCUAGGCAGUACAUCACCAGUAAUGGCGAAGUACGCUGUCCCCGAGCUGCAGCAGGAUUUCGUGGGACAGUUAGAUAUGCAAGCAUAAAUGCACAUCGGAAUCGUGAAAUGGGACGCCAUGAUGAUUUAUGGUCUCUCUUCUACAUGCUGGUUGAAUUUGUCAAUGGCCAGCUCCCAUGGCGAAAAAUCAAAGACAAAGAACAAGUUGGAAUUAUGAAGGAGAAAUAUGAUCACAGACUGCUCCUAAAACACCUACCAUCUGACCUCAAACAGUUCCUGGAACACAUCCAAUCCCUAAUGUAUGCCGACAAGCCAGACUAUGCGAUGCUUGGGGGGCUCUUUGAGCGAAGCAUGAAGCGUCGUGGCAUUAAGGAAACAGACCCAUAUGAUUGGGAAAAGACAGAUUCAGGAACAGGUGCCACUGUGAUAAAUCCAAAUUCAAUUCACAACAACCUCCGCAACGAACAUAUGCUCUGCAACAUAACACAGAUGACCGUUGCUGCUUCCAAUGCAAGCAAUAUUGAUCAAAUUGUUCAGCCAUGGCGGGACUCCGUCCUGGCUUCAACACCUGAACCAAUGAAUCACGACAAAGUUGACAAGAACUGCAACUCACCAGCUUUAACACAACCCACACCGUCUCUUGUGCCACAGCAGCGAUCCCAGGCACCAUCUAUUAAGGUUCAUUUGCCCGAUAAUCACGAAGGAGGAAAGAAAGCUCAGUUCCACAUUACAUCCUCCGUAUCCAGUCCUGUUAAGAAGCCAGCGCAUUCAGAAUUUGAUUUCAGACAAAAUCGUCGGGAGACACCCUCAGUAAGGGAUGAUACUAGUUACUCUAUCUUGAUGGUUGUGGAGUUUUCUGGGAUUUUAAAUACUCUCCAUUCCUUUCCGCAACAACCAGAAAGGCCAGAUGAAGAUCAUGAGGUGAAAAAUAAUGAAAAUACUCCGCCAAUUGGCAACAACAUAGAGAAAGGCAAUGUUGGACGUCUACGGGUUGUCACAGCCCCUCCGACUAGCGUCCAUGACUUGGGCAAUGGUGCAGAUGCAGCCACACCUCUACCGAAUGUUCAGCAAAAUCGUGGUGUGGUUAGAAGUGCCAGCGGUAGGAGACAAGGAGUCCUGAGAACAAGCUCCAGCACCAGAGUUGUGCAGCGAGAUCAUUCAGUUACAUUCGCUGUAAUUGAUGAUGACAAUGUGUCAGCAUUGCAGCAGAUCACCCGUGGUGGUGCAGGAGCCGUAACCUUGGCGUCUCAGUGGAAAUCCCAAUUUGAUGAUUCAGAGGAGACAACUGACAACGAGUGGCGUCAGGAGCAGAACAGUCAGCAGCACUCAAUUCAGAGCAAACCACGACAACAGUGCCGAAAGACAAAGAUAAAUAUUACUGGCAUUGAAAACUACAAAAACCUUCAAGACUAUCUACCUCAUUGCUGGUCUGAACCAGCUCUUGGAACUACCCUUAGGCGAGACCUAGCCCCGCCAAUUCUUCAACAAGCAGCUUUUGACAAAACCGUUUUCCAACUGGACGUUAUGAGAAAUAUAGGUGUACGCGGUGAAAGCCCUGAGAAGCAGACUGAAGAUGAUGGAGCAGAAGAAGAAGAGGAGGAGAAACCUAAGACUACGGCUGCAACCCUUGUUGGCAGUCUUCCAAACAUCGUCCUGCAGGAUUUCCCAGUUCUACCACCCCAGAUUGUGGCUGAAGUCCCAGAAAUCUCAAUUGUUGAUGAACAAUCAAGGUACCUAGAGUGUGCUGUCAGUGGAAAGUUGGAGAUUCGUGUUUUUCCUCUAGGUCCCAGGAUCGUUGAAUAGCAUCCGGCUAUGAAUGAUUGGAGCUUCCCAGUUAAAAGUUGCAAAGCUUCAAGGACUGCAAUAUCUAGUCGACACUCUUUCUAGUUCGCCGCAGAGGCAGUUUGUUAACCAUGUUAGAUUUUGAGGUAUAAAGAAUUAGACUAAUAGUACGCUUAUCAUUAGGAUUUAACAUCAAAUUUAUAUAAUUUAUUUUGAAGGCUUAUAUGGACUGCAGUCGUAGAGCCCAGCUUUACCAAAAAUGAUAUUUAAAUUGCUACGUAAUGUCAUUAAACUAAAUAUGUAUAUUUUGAUUGCUGUAAAUGAAUUAAAUUAAUUAAAGUCGUGUGUAGUGUGAAAUUAAAUAUAAAUAAAAA